UUUGCCUCCAAAGCACGAGCAUGACCAACCCGACCGUCCUCCAGGUGCUCACGCGCGGCCUCGGGCAGACGCUGCCGGCGCACCCGGGCAAGGACCUGACCGUGCCGCAGGCGCCCGUGCGCACGCCCAACCUCACGGAGCGCGAGACGCGCCUCGCCAUCAAGAACGCGCUGCGCUACUUUCCGUCUGCGUGGCAUGCGACGCUCGCGCCCGAGUUUGCGCAGGAGCUCAAGGACGAGGGCCACAUCUACAUGUACCGCUUCCGGCCCACCGAGUACGAGAUGAAGGGGUACCCGGUCGAUUGGUACCCGGCCAAGACGACAUCCGCCAAGGCGAUCAUGAUGAUGAUCAUGAACAACUUGGACAAGGCGAUUGCGCAGUUCCCCGCGCACCUCAUCACGUACGGCGGCAACGGCAGCGUCUUCUCCAACUGGGCGCAGUACCUCCUCGUGAUGAAGUACCUCUCGGAAAUGACGGAGGACCAGACGCUCGUGCUCUACUCGGGCCACCCCGCGGGUCUCUUUCCGUCGUCGCCGGACGCGCCGCGCAUGAUUGUGACCAACGGCAUGAUGAUCCCCAACUACAGCACGCGCGAGAUGUACGACAAGCUUUACGCGAUGGGCAACACGCAGUAUGGCCAGAUGACGGCGGGUAGCUACUGCUACAUUGGACCCCAGGGCAUCGUGCACGGCACGACCAUCACGGUCAUGAACGCGGCGCGCAAGUACCUCGGGAAGGAGAGCAUGAAGGGCGUCGUGUACGUCUCGUCGGGUCUCGGCGGCAUGUCGGGCGCGCAGCCCAAGGCCGGUGUCAUUGCCGGCAUGAUCUCGGUCACGGCCGAGGUCGACUAUGCGGCCAUCGAGAAGCGCCACGCGCAGGGCUGGGUCAACGAGAUCGCGACGACCUUGCCGCAGUGCCUCGACAUGAUCCGGUCCGCGCGCAAGGACCAGCGCGUCGUCUCGAUCGCGUACCACGGCAACGUCGUGGACCUCUGGGAGGCGCUUGCGGACGCGGCGGACGCGGGCGAGCACCUCGUGGACCUCGGCUCGGACCAGACGUCGUUGCACAACCCGUACAACGGCGGGUACUACCCGGUGCAGCUCUCGUUCGACGACGCGCUCAAGAUGAUGGCGUCGGACCCGGCGCACUUCAAGGAGCUCGUGCAGUCGUCGCUGCUUCGCCACGUGAGCGCGAUCAACCGGCUCACAGCCAAGGGCAUGUACUUUUGGGACUAUGGCAACUCGUUCUUGCUCGAGGCGAGCCGCGCCGGCGCCGACAUUUACAAGUCGGACGACUUGGAAGACGGCUUCAAGUACCCGUCGUACGUGCAGGACAUUAUGGGCGACAUCUUCUCGCUCGGCUUUGGUCCGUUCCGCUGGGUGUGCACGUCGGGCGACGAGGCCGACUUGCUCAAGACGGACGCGAUCGCCGGCCGCAUCCUCAACGAGUACCUCGCGACCGCGCCGCCGCUCGUGGCCGCGCAGCUCCGCGACAACAUUCGCUGGAUCGAAGCCGCGGACGAAAACAAGAUGGUCGUCGGCACGCAAGCGCGCAUUCUGUACGCCGACCGCCACGCGCGCGCCAGCAUUGCGAUUGCGCUCAACCAAGCGAUCGCGUCCGGCGAGCUCUCGGCGCCCGUCGUGCUCUCGCGCGACCACCACGACGUCUCGGGCACCGACUCGCCGUUCCGCGAGACGUCCAAUGUCACGGACGGCUCGAUGUUUUGCGCCGACAUGGCGAUCCACAACGUGAUUGGCGACGCGGCGCGCGGCGCGACGUGGGUCUCGAUCCACAACGGCGGCGGUUGCGGCUGGGGCCAGGUCAUGAACGGUGGGUUCGGCCACGUGCUCGACGGGUCGCAGGCCGCGGAGCGCAAGGCCGCGAGCAUGUUGCGCUGGGACGUCAACAACGGCGUCUCACGCCGCGCGUGGGGCCGCAACGACAAUGCGUGCUUUGCGAUCGCGCGCGAGAUGGAGGUCGACCCGCUCCUGACCGUCACGAUGCCCCAGGCUGCCGACGACGACCUCAUCAAGCGCGUGUGCGACGCGACCUUUCAGUAGGUCUCGAGACCAACAGGGUGUCACCUCGUGAAGCUUCGUAGUCGAAGCAAGGUCAAACCGUGUAGUAGAAACAAGUGAUUGAAUGGAUUUUGAAUUGAAUAUGAGGCGUUCGUACAAGCGCUUGCAUGGCGAC